AUAAAGAUCAGCACUGGCCAUUUGUCAAAUUGCAAGCAGAUCAAGAUGUGUGGUUAAUGUCUUCAUUCUGCUGCUAGCUAAACUUUAUUUUCCUGCUGUCACCAUUUGGCAAGAUGUUUCAGAACUUUACACCGGAUUAUGAAAGAGAAGAAAAGAAUACUGGCCACUCCAUACAUGCCUUGAUCACAGAGACUACUUCUACUGCUCAUGCAGCCAAGGGAAAUGAGACCCAAUAUUUAUUCCAAGAAGAGAAGACUCUGUUGAUAUUGUUAUAUAUUACUCUACCUUUCUUUUUUUUGGGACUUUUCAGCAAUGGAGCUGUUAUUUGGUUUCUCUGCUGUAGAAUCAAAAAGACUAAAUACACAGUAUAUGUACUGAAUUUAGCCGUUGCUGAUUUCAGUCUCCUCUUCUGUCACAUCGUAUACGUUUUAAUCAGUCUAGUUGCAUGGGAUGACUCUGUUUGGAUGUCGCAUUUUCUUUUAGCAUUUGAUAUCUUGAAUUAUUUGGGAUACAAUACCAGUUUUUUCCUAUUGACAGCAAUUAGUGUGGAGAGGUAUAUGGGUGCUUUUUUCCCUUUCUGCUAUCGUUUUAAACGGCCAAAGCAUCUUUCUACCAUACUGUGCGCUGUCCUGUGGGCCCUCUCCUGUAUCAUGAUGGGAAUAGAUUAUUUAUGUUGGCAGGAAUACAUGUAUUACAUAGGUAUUUAUCCUGCAAAUACAAUCGUUACCACUGUUCUCAUGCUAUUUUUGCCAGUUAUGGUCUUUUGUAGCUGCAGUCUGUUUAUCAAAAUAUCUAGAUACCCAAAGUCAAAAUCUCCAGCUCGCUUUUAUCGUACUGUUUUUAUCACAGUCAUUCUGUUUCUUAUCUUUGCUGUGCCUCACAAGAUCCUUUGUCUGAUGGAAUACACCCAGCCAAUGGUGGACAUAAAGUGGACGAUCAUCCGUAGCUUUUCCUUGCUUAAUUUAAUCAACAGCAGCCUCAAUCCUUUUGUUUACUUUUUUGUUGGAAGACAGAAGCAGCAGCAUUCCAAGGAACCCUUGCAUGUAGUGAUCUAUAGGUCCUGCAAUGAUGAAAUCCUGGAUCAUAUAAGCAGUGAACAAGUGGCAUGAACACCCAUUCUCACUAAAAGCAGCUUUCUACAGAUCUGUUUGAUGAAAGGUGAUUGAUUCAUUCAAAAGGCUGCUUAUGAAGUCAGUUCUCUAACACGUUCCAGGAUGAUGAUUUGCCAGGGUGGAUUUCCAUAUCUCUUAACCACGCCACCUCUGUACCUGAGGCCUGUUUUUUUCCCCCAUUUUCUUGCCUUUACUAGGAUAUAUAAUUUUACUUUGCUUGGCUUUUUAGAUAGUCAACCAUUAUUGUUUGCACCUGAUAAUAGAGCCUUUCUCAAUAACCUUGAUUAUAUACUUUUUUUGGCAAAUUAAGAAGUCUCUUGGCUCUUCGGAUAUCCAGUUUUCUUCAAUAUGCAAUGAGGCAUGGGCCAACGCUCUAAUUAUAUCCAUGUGGAAACUUCUUUUGCAUUG